AUGACACCUUCAUCCUCAGAAAAUGCUAAACGAGCCUUCUUUGAAUUUACUCUACUGCAGUUAUUAAAGAAAGGAUAUGAGAGUCCAAAACUACAUGAUACUCCAAGGGAUGGCCCAUUUCCUGGAGUGAUCGAUCUUUUUGGAGAUGGAGGUCUGAUUGAGUUCCGAGCAUGUCUCCUUGCAAGCCGAGGCUUUGCUACUCUUGCUCUCCCUUACUUUGGUUUUGAAGAUCUACCAAUAUCCAUGACUGAUUUUCAUUUAGAAUACUUUGAAGAAGCUGUAAAUUAUCUAAAGAAACAUCCAAAGGUGAAGGGACCAGGUAUUGGCGUAAUCGGAUCUUCAAAAGGUGGAGAUUUGGCUCUAUCAAUGGUCACGUUUUUACCACAAGUUGUAGCAUCCGUUUGUAUCUCUGGCUGCCACGCAAACACUAUGACUGAUUUGCAUUAUAAAGGUAUACAUCUCCUCAGCUUGAGUUACGAUGUAGAUCGUAUCGUUGUUUUGGACUCAGGAAUUCUAGAUAUGUCCGAAACACUUGAAAACCCCAGUACAAACAAAGGCAGCAUCAUCCCGUUGGAAAAAGCUGAAGGACACAUCUUGUUUGUGGUGGGCGAAGGUGACAAGAUCUGGAACAGCAAACAGUUUGCUGAUGAGGCAAUAAAAAGACUGAAAAAAAACGGCAAGGACAACUAUAAGCUGCUUAGUUAUCCAGGAGCUGGGCACUGUAUUGAACCUCCUUGUUCUCCAUUUCGUCCUGCCAAGAUUGAUCGGUUGUAUGGACUUCCAGUGCUGUUGGGGGGAGAGGCAUUAAAACACUGCUCUGCUCAACAAGAUGCUUGGGAAAAAAUUCAAGACUUCCUACGUUUACAUCUAGGUUGAAAUGAUUUGGAUUUAACAAGAUUCCUCUUUACCUAAUGCAUGUUAUUUAGUAUAAUAUGUUGUCAUAAACUGCAUAGUAAUUAUUUAAUAUGAUCCACUACAUGUAAGGAAGACAGUCCAAGACUUUCUGAAAUUUGUAUUUCCAACCACCAGUAUCUCUAUUUUUUGGGUGAGGGUGGAAAAAUUAAACUUUAACUUAAUGCCA